AUGGAGUCCCUGCCUGAAUACGAUGAUCCCGGUGUGGCUGAAGUCGUGUUGCAGCUGGAUGAGAACGACGCGGAUUUGUGGAGGCAGCUGCGCCGAAAACGCGACUUCGAGCUUCGGGUGGACGAGAAAAGCUCGCAGCUGCAGGAUCAUGCUUCGAAGCAGCAGCCCGGCCAUGUGACGCUGACAGAGGCCAGCGUUUCGGUCGAGCUGCUACACCAGCAGGCCAGAUUUGUCAAGGAGCAGCACAGGGAGCUCGAGCACGACCUCAUGGUCUUGAAGGAGUCGAACCGAAUUCUCCAGCAAACCUUCCAGGUCCCGCCUCCAUCCCGAACAGAGCGACAAGGCCUUCCAAGAAACAAGGACUUUCUUGCCGAAGAAAAAGCUCGUAUUGAAUCGCUCCAGGUGCAGCAGGAUCAGGUUGAACAUCUGCGGAUGCACAUAGAAGGCCUCCGAGUUGAGAAGCAGAGCAUGCAGCAGAACCAGCAGGUGCUUUUCCAGAAGCAGCGAAAUGCGGAGCAGGAUCGGAAUCGACUGCUGGGAGCACUCCAGGACGACAGGAACACUUUGAACGAUCUACGAGCGCAGCGCAUCAAGCUGCUUGAACAGCGCACAUCUGCCGAGAAACAGAUCGCCAGCAUUGUAAGCCAGGCCCAUGGUACACCAGACGGACAGCCUGUCCAUCAACGGCUUUCGGGACAAAGGAAUUCCCGAUCACCGGAGAAGGCUUCCCAAACCUUGUACAAGGUGCCAGGGUCUUCUGGCGGAGUGCGAGGACAUGUUCCACAUGAUGCGCCUUUGCCGCAGUCCUGGUUUGCUUCCAGCACUCCCGAUAUACAUCGGACCCACUGGACAUCGUUCGAGGCAGAGGACAACUCUGCACCUCGCAAGGCUGAAUCACCUUCAUUCGGAGGACGCAUUGGCCUUGAUCCUUUCCAGGCUUAA